ACUCCAUCGUCCUCUAAAGACCUCAUCGCAGGAUACAGAAGCACGCAGAAAACAAGAAAGCAAUGGCUUCCUUGACCAUGGCUUCCUUCGCCCUGAGACUCCCCCCUCCGUCCUCUCGAGGGUCGGUACGUCUCGCGCCGCUCCAUGCCGCGGCCAACUCCCUGAAGCUCAGCUCCGUCCGUUGCAUCUCCGGGUUCCCCUCGCUCCGGUCCCGCAAUGCCUCCGCCGCGGUCGCUCCCCUGCCUCGGAGCCCCCCGAGGCCUCUGACCGUCGUCUCCGUGAAAGGCUACAAGAUGAAGACCCACAAGGCUUCGGCGAAGCGAUUCAGAGUGACGGGUAGAGGGAAGAUUGUGCGGAGGGGAGCUGGGAAGCAGCAUCUGCUGGCGAAGAAGAACAACAAAAGGAAAUUGCGAUUGUCAAAGAUGCACCCUGUCAGCCGCAGUGACUAUGACAACGUCAUCGGUGCCUUGCCGUAUUUGAAAGUCAACAGACUGGCAAGGUAGAGGAAUUUUCUUUUUUCUGAUGAAGGCGCUUUUGGUUUGUUUCCUGUAAUUGCUUCAUUCAUGCGAAACACCACUGCUUUCUGAUUGUUCCAUUACAGAUCAAGUCUAAUGAAGUUUAGUCUUUCUCAUUUAA